AUGUCAGCACCACAUACAUUUUUAUUGUUAAUCACAGGCAUGAUAAAGUCUCAAGUAUCGAUCAAUGCAGUCAGAUGCCAGUGUUUCAAUUACAAGAUUCCCUGUAAUCCCAGAUGCUGUGUUAAUGUGAGUCAGAAUAUCUUCUCAUUUCUUUUCACGUUGUUCAUUUGUCCCUCGACUCGUUAUGGCAAAGGUAAGUAAGGAUCUGUGGUAUGGUAGAAAUAAGGAAAUGUACAAGACUUUAUUCCUUCAGUCGCCUUGGAACACUUUUAUUAGCAUUUUGCCAUAGAUUACCCACUUUAAACUUAGCUUUCCUUUUAUAACAAGUUUGACCACUUAGUCGCCUAUCAAGAGGCAUGA